AAUCGCGUGGCAGCGCCGUGCAGCAGAUGGCGUUUGCCCGCGCGCCUUCGCCGCCUUCCACCUCCGAAGCUGAACACCCCGCGGCUAUUGCAUAGACGCCGGGCGAUGGGAGGGCUGCUGCCAAAUCGCCGUCUUCCGCUGCCCGGGGAAGCGCGCGGCUGCAGGCGCCGCUCACUUGGCCAGACCGCGGCGAGCCUGGAAUAGUGAAGUGAACUGGACUGAAUUUCAUGAAGUAUGUUUCUAAGGAAUAGCUGGCUUUCCGCUCACUGGGCAUGGCAGAGUUCAAGAAGUUGCUUGGUUGUGCUUGCUCUAUUACUUUUACACACAUCUGAUUUGGAAGGCAGAAAAUCCCAUCAGUUUGUCUGGAAAACGGGUCAUUGGGGUCGAUGCAUAGGUGAUUGUGGUUCAGGUGGGGUUCAGAGUCGUGUAGUUUGGUGUGUCCAUUCUGAAGGCUGGACCACCCACCAUUCAAACUGUGAACAAAGUGAUAGGCCUGAUAGCCAGAGGAGCUGCUUUAAAAUAUGUGACUGGCAUCUUGAACUCUUUGAAUGGGAAGUUUCAGAAUGGCACAUGUGUGUUCUAGUUCCUUUUGCUCAUGGUGAAGUCAAGCCACGGACUUCAGAGUGUGUAACUGCACAGCAUGGAUUACAGCACAGACAUGUACAGUGUGUACAAAAACUGAACAGAACAGUUGUUUCAAAUGAGAUAUGUGAACAUUUCAUUCCUCAACCACCUAUGGAACAAGCUUGCCUAAUUCCUUGUCCCCGGGAUUGUGUGGUAUCACAGUUCUCCUCCUGGUCUGUUUGUAGGAGACACUGUGGAAAGCGUUUACAGCAUAGAACUCGUUCUGUUAUUGCUCCACCACUCUACGGUGGGGCCAAAUGUCCAAAUCUCACUGAAUCAAGGACUUGCAAUGGUUUUAUCUCUUGUUCUCAUGGGGAAGAGGAAUAUACCUACAGUCUGAAAGUUGGAUCUUGGAGUAAAUGCCGACUGCCUCACCUUAAAGAAAUGAAUAUGAUUGGGAGAACUAGUAUGGACUUCAGUUUGGAUUCUACAGAACGAAGCACUUUCAAACUUCAAGUGGUUGAGAAUGACCAAAACUUCCAUAGGUUUAAACUCCACCUCAGUUCUAAAUCAUUGGAUAUAGAGAUUGGCUAUCAAACAAGGCAGGUGAGGUGUACAAGAAGUGAUGGGAAAAAUGUUAUGCUGAGCCUUUGUGUUCAAGAAGCCAUCCCUUUGAACUUUCAGUCCUGUGUUAUGCCUAAAGAGUGUGAAACGUCAGAUUGGUCUUCAUGGAGCUCUUGCUCAAAGACUUGUCACACAGGGGACCUGUCACCAGGAUUCCGAAUAAGAACUCGGAAUAUAACACAUAUUGCCACAGGAGCUGGGAAGGAAUGUCCUGAAACAGAAGAAAGAGAGGCAUGCAACAUUGGAGGAGGAAGGCAUCUUCAUCCAUGUCCAAGAUAUUCAUGGAGGACGUCGGAGUGGAAAGAAUGUGACGUUUCUCUCCUGCUAGAGCAGCAGGACCCUCAGCACCAGAAGCCCACAGCCCUUUGUGGAGGGGGGAUACAAGUUCGGAAAGUCUACUGUGCCCAAAGCACAUUGGAUGAAACGCACAAAUUAAAGGAAGUGACUAGACCUGUUGAAAACAAGCUUUGUCUUGUGCCUGCUCCUCCAUCUUCUCAACUGUGCAAUAUUCAAUGUCCUCCUGAGUGUCGGGUUUCUUCCUGGUCGGCAUGGGGCCCUUGUGUCCUUGAAAACUGUCACGAUACACAAGGAAAAAAAGGUUUCAAAAUGAGGGAAAGACGUGUUAUUGUGGAACCAGUGGAUACUUCUGGGGAGGAUGUAUCGGAUGACUUUUGUUCAGAGGUUCCUUCUCCCUCUGGAACAACAGGCUGCGAAGUGCCCUGUGGAAGGGACUGCGUUGUAACUGAGUGGUCACAGUGGUCAUCCUGUUCUCAUUCAUGCUCUGGCAAAAAUGCAGAAGGGAAGCAAAGCCGCACAAGAUCUAUAUUGGCAUUGCCAGGGGAAGGUGGAAAGGCAUGUCCUUCUAGUCAGGCAUUACAAGAAUACCGCUCCUGCAAUGAUCACUCUUGCAAUCAGGUCUACUGGGAAACAUCUGUAUGGAAUCCUUGUUCAGAAAAUACCUUGAUAACUUCUCUAAAUGCUACAAUUAACUGGAAUGGUGAAGCGACUUGUGGAAUGGGCAUACAGACCAGGAAGGUAUUCUGUGUGAAGAAUAAUUCUGGCCAGGUCCCAGCCAAAAGGUGCCCAGAAUCCAUCAGGCCAGAAACAGUCCGCCCCUGUCUACUCACAUGCAAAAAAGAUUGUGUGGUGACCCCUUUCAGUGAAUGGACAAGUUGCCCUACUGUUUGCCAACACGGUAAUUCUACUACAAUGAAACAGUCUCGCUACAGGAUUAUCAUUCAAGAUGCUGUCAAUGGAGGACAAGAAUGCCCAGACACUUUGUUUGAAGAAAGAGAAUGUGAAAACAUCCCUCUUUGUCCGGCGUACAGCUGGAAGAUCCAUAAAUGGGGUCAGUGUGUACUAGUGCCAGAUUCUAUAAGACAAGGUAUAUUAGGAGUCAGUGAGCCAUGUGGUCACGGCUUGCAGUCAAGAGUUGUUACAUGUGUUAUGGAGAGUAACCAUUCAGUAGACAUUGGUGAAUGCCUGAAGUGGGUGGAACCUAUGCCUUCCCUUGUGCAGGAGUGCCUGAUUCCUUGCAAAGAUGACUGCACAUUCACCCCUUGGUCUAAAUUUACUUCAUGUUCUUCAGACUGUGGAUCAACAAGAACCAGAAGACGAACUCUCACAGGACGAAGCAGAAAGCGAGACAAGUGCCAGAAUACAGAACUGUAUCCUCAAGUUGAAACAGAACAGUGCCCUUGCUCAAUAUUUACCACCAAGCCCCACGGAAAUUGGUCAGAAUGCAUUAUUUCUGUCAGAAAAACAGAACUACAGUUAGAAGCGAGAUUUCAUGGGCAUGCCAAAGAGUGUGGAGAAGGUGUGCGAUUUCAAGCCCUUGCCUGUUAUGAUAAGACUGGCAGACUUGUGGAACACUCUCACUGCAACCAUUCAGGUUACAUCGAAGAGCCGUGUAUGGUACCUUGUCCAUUUGAUUGCAAAUUAAGCGACUGGUCUGCGUGGACCCCCUGCAGCUCUACUUGUGGAACAGGAGUGAGAACUCGAUCCAGAUGGCUGAAGGAAAAACCAUACAAUGGAGGGCGUCCUUGUCCAAAACUGGAUCCGAAGAACCAGGUGUAUGAAGCAAUUCCAUGUUACAGUGAAUGCAGUCAGUAUUCCUGGGAAACAGAACCCUGGUCUCCGUGUGAAAUUAACAGCGAGCAAAACUCCCUCCAUUGUGGAGAAGGAAGACAGACUAGGAAAAUCAGAUGUAUAAACACCCCUGAAGAGGGUGAAGAGGAGACUGUAGCCAACAGGUUUUGUAAUCAGUCUGAAAUUCCUCUUGACACUCAAAAGUGUACCCUCUACUGCCCCAGUGAAUGUGUGGUUUCGGAGUGGGGACGCUGGACCCAGUGUCCGCAGCCUUGUGACUCCAACAUAAUGCAAACGCGAACACGACGUUUAUUGAGAUCUCCUGUACAUCCCAAAACCUGCCCUGAAGAUUCUCAAAUGUGGCCUUGUGUUCUAAAUCAAAAUUGUUUUCACUAUUAUUACAAUGUAACAGACUGGAGCACUUGUCAGCUAAGUAAAAAUGCAAUCUGUGGCGAAGGGAUUAAGAAUCGCCUUCUGAGCUGUGUACGCAGUGAUGGGAAAACAGUGACCAUGAACUACUGUGAGCAGCUAAAUUUGGAGAAGCCUGCAAAAAUGAUUGCUCACUGCCUUGUGGAAUGUGUGGUAAAUUGCCAGUUGUCCGAGUGGUCUGCCUGGUCAGAAUGUUCACAUUCAUGUGGCCUUUCAGGUCAGAUGCUGCGUACCCGAUCUGUUAUCAUGCAAGCACAAGGAGAAGGAAGGCUUUGCCCAGCUGAACUCACUCAGUAUAGAAACUGUGCAGCAAAACCCUGCUACAGUUUGGUUCUUGGAGAAUGGUCCCCAUGCAGAGUUGAGGGUGGACAGUGUGGAGAUGGAAUCCAAGUACGGAACCUCACGUGCAUGGUACAUAAUGGCUCUUUAUCAGCAGCAUCUAAACAGGUGGAAAGUUCAUUAUGUGGAGAUCUUCCGUCUAAAGAAAGUGUGCUUCUGCUUCCUUGUUCUGUGCCUUGCCCAGGUGAUUGCCAUUUGACGGAAUGGUCAGAGUGGAGCUCUUGUGAAUUAACGUGCAUCGAUGGCAGGAGUUUUGAGUCCACAGGUCGCCAAUCUCGAUCAAGAACAUUUAUCAUUCAGUCUUUUGAAAACCAAGAUAGCUGCCCUGAACAGGAGUUAGAAACACGGCCUUGCUCUGGAGGGAAGUGUUAUAACUAUGUGUGGAAAGCAAGCCUUUGGCAAGACAAUGAGCGCACUGUGUGGUGCCAGCGUUCUGAUGGAGUGAACGUCACAGGUGGUUGUUCUAUUCAGAGGCAGCCAACUACAACUAGGCAUUGCAGCCCAGCUUGUAAAAAGCCCUUCUCUUACUGCACACAGAGCGGAGUCUGUGGUUGCAAGAGAGGCUAUACGGAAAUAAUGAGAUCAGACGGCUUCCUGGAUUAUUGCAUGAAGAUACCGGGUUUAGAAGAUAAGAAAGCUGAUGUUAAAACGAAUGCUGCAAAAAAUAAACCCAUCAACUCUAAAAUGCAUGACAUUUUCAAAGGAUGGUCUAUUCAACCUUUUAACCCAGAUGGAAAACUUAAAAUCUGGGUCUAUGGAGUAUCAGCAGGCGGGUUUUUUAUUAUAGUUUCCCUAAUCUUUACAUCGUAUCUUCUUUGCAAAAAGCCAAAACAGCAACAACAUUCUCCUCCACAACAAAAGUGUCUGACCUUAGCCUACGAUGGAGAUGUUGACAUGUAACAUGGAAAGAAAUCCAAAUGUAGACAUCAACUGCCUUAACUGAUUUCCCUUUUGUAACAUUUGGACUUCUCCGCUUUUUGUUUGGUUUUUGAGGAAUCACAUCCCUGCUAAAACUGGGCAGAAGACCAACAGAACAUUUUUUGCCUUUGGGUUUAUCUGAAACAAAUCAUUAAAGGCUCAUCUCUUAUGACCUUUUCCCAAACGAGACCUCAGAAACACAUCUCCUCUGGAGUGACAACGGGAAUAAGGGCAAAAACAAAAUAAAACAAAGCCACCAACCUCUACUGAUUUUUACCUUUAAAAGCAUGACAAUCCUGUGGAAUAAAGGUGACAUUAUAUUAUAAAGGACAAGUGGGACCCUGUGUCAUUAUGCACUAUAUUAGUGCAGGCUUCAUUAUUUUUUCACCUCUUUCAAUAAUGAGUUUUCUAGUGUUUACAUCCAAGUUACAUUUGAGACUGAAUGCUGGUUCUUCAUGUAUUUUCCAAAAUACGUCAGAGGAAUGUUGAGACUUCUGGACUUUCCUUGGCUUUCAACAUUAUUGUGUUCCUUAGAUGGGAAAAUAAUCUCAACUCCCCUUUCAUCAGAACAGCAAGAUGAUGCACAUUUAUCAAAUGUUUCUGCAGCACAAGAAGUGGUUUCAGAUGGCUUUCUAAUUGCAUGGGGUCCAGUUGGUUUUGGUUUGGGUUUUUUAAACAAGAUGAACAAACAUUUUCACGACGACCAAGGAGAUGGAAAGAUUGCUUGAAGAUAUAUUUUAAAUUGAUAAGCCAUUUAGAUGCAUUUUAAUCAUUGCAAACUGUAAUUCAGUUGAAUUAAUAUGAAUUCCACUUUUGUAAUUUAAAUUUUUCUUAUCUGGAAUAUUUGUAAAUUCUUUUUUUUUUAGUUUAUCCUCUGAUCUUAUUUAUUAUACAUUCAACACACAGAUAAACAAAAGUCUGUUUGUAGGAAGUCUUGUUUUUUUCUUUAAAAAAAAGACGUUUCCAAAUCUGCAUUCUGAACAUCUUGAAGAAGAUAAGUGUUUGUAAUAGUAUGUGUUGCAACUAAGAAAGUGCCAUCUUGUGGUAUUGACAUGUAUUUAUACGCAAAUAAAAUGCUAAAGGGAGUGGG